AUGUCAAUUGUCAAUCUAGAUGAGACUGAAUAAAAUCAGCAUUAAGAUUUAAAAGAAUCACAAGACAUACAAAUUGAUAUCAUCACCUUUGAUCAACACGAGUCUUUAUUAGAUACAUAUACAUAUUAUAUUAUCAAGGGAAAAGAUAAAAUUGGAUUCUUUGAGGUCUAUAGACGAUAUAAGGAUUUCAUAUCUUUAAGGGAUAUAUUAUUAAUAAGAUGGCCUGGCUGUUUCAUUCCAGGCAUUCCAGGCAAAAAGAUGUUUCAAGGAAAUGAUACCAAAACUGCAUCAGAAAGAUUAAGAUUCUUGAAACAAUUCUGUAAUAAAAUGAAAUUAUUGCCGAAUCUUUAUUACAGUUAAGAGUUUAGCCAAUUAUUCUUAAGAUCGAAAGACAAGGAGAUUCAUAAGACUUUCGAAUAAAUGCCAAAACCAAAGACCUCAGAGUUAAUUUAAAAAUAUCAGCUCAAUUUCAUUGAAUUAUAAGGACGAGAUAUUGAUUAAACUCUAGAUAAGAAAAUUGAAGGUUUUGUGGAAAAAUUGAAAAAUAACUAAAUUUAAUUAAAGUUGGCAAAAAAGUAUAUAAGAGAUUUGUACCAAUCAUAAGAAUAAUACAAUUAAAGUUUAGAGAAAAUAAUGACUAUGCAUCUACCAAACUAUGAGAAAUAGUUUAUUUAGACGUAUUAAAAUAAUCGAUGUGAUAACUUAUUACUCACUAAUCAAAAUAUCAAAAAGCAAUUGGAUACUUAGUAUAAUUAAAAUGGCAUUUUCAAAAGGAGAAAUAUAGAUAAACUCUAUGAAUAUAUUCGAUAAGAAUUGAAAGAUAUUAAGGCAUUUUAUUAGAGUCUGAAGACUAAGAAGGAAUACGAAGAAUAGAAAAAAAAAUUAGAAGCUAAAUAGUUAGAAACUCAAUAAGAAUUAAAUAAUCUAAAUGAAGGUAAGAAUCCUAACUUUUUUAAAAAUAUUUUUAAUAAAUAAACACCAGAAUAACUAAAAAGUCAUUUAAAUAUAUAGAUCUAAACAAAUUAAAAUGAAUUAGAUAAUUUAUAAAACCUAAUUGAUAUAAUGUAAGCAAUCAUAGGAUUCAUUGAAAUAGAAAGAUUUUAAGACUUAAAAAUAAAAUUCUAUUCUGUUAUAAUCAAACAAGUAUCAGAAUUAGAAUAAAAAUUAAUUGAUGAAUAAAUUUAAUAUUGGUAAUAUAUUGAAUCAUAAUCAUCAAAUUUGAUUAAUUAAUUGCAAUUUGGUUCUCAAGAAGGGUUUAAUAAACAAUAAUUCAAUCAACCUAUUGAAUAAUAAUAAGAGGAAAAAGAAGAGGUAGAGUAGAAUCAACCAUAUGAAAACGAGAAUCCUAAUGAAAUAAAUUAAGAAGAAAAUAAUAACGAGGAAAUCAAUUAAUAAGUUAAUGAAAAUGAAAAUGAAGGUGAAAAUGAGGAUAAUUAAUAAUAAUAAGAAGAUGAAGUAGAAGUCAAUAUAUCUUAAUAAGAAAUAGAAGAUGAAAAUCAAUGA